AUCCUGGCGCUACCCCUCGUCGCGCCACGCAACCGCCUCACGGCCUCGCUCCUCGCCGACCCGCUGACGCCGCACCCGGCUGCGCUGCUGUCGGUGCCCGCCUCGUCGCCGUCGCUGCUCCGGCGCUCGCGGGGCGUGGGUGAGGGCGCGCACUUCACCUACGUCUCGCCGCUCACGCUCGAGUUUCCAUACGAUCUCAAGCCCGAUGCGGAGCAACAGAAGGAGGAGGAGGAGCGCGAGAAGCAGCUCGAUUCUGAGGAAGGCAAGGCCGAGGAGGAGAUGACGGCCGAGGAGAGGCAGGAGCGGGCGAUGAAGCGGGCUAGGGAGGGCAUGGAGCGCGUCGAGCGCCUCAUGCGGCCCCUCGAGAUCCAUCCCGACGACGUCCAAUCAAAGAGCACCGACAACGAAAAUGACGGAUUGCAAGGCUUCCUGCCGAAAGGGAGAAAGACACAAACAUACCCCUCGGCGCGCCUCCUCGCUCUCUCGACGGCCUGCAUCGACGACUGCCUGCCUGCGCUUGAUACCGGCGAUGCAUCGGCAUGGAUCAAGGCGCACAACGGGCAGGAUGGACCCUCGUGCUACUCGUCGGGCCCUAUGGCCAAGGCGCCAGAGACAGCGGCGGAACGGGCACGGUAUGAGCUGAGCGACUAUCUCAGUGGGCGUCUCAUCGGCGCGCGGCUCCCUGCCCCUGCGAACCUUGCACACGUCGACGAGGGCGCCGAGCUGGGCGUGGCCGAGGCCAAGCACCAGCGCAUCGUCCGUCUUGGCCAGGACCACCAGGAGCCCGCCGUGGAGCGCUACGAUCGCAGGAUGGCGGAGCUCUCCAAGCGCGCCGAGGAGGACGGCGUCUGGCAGGGCUAUGCACCGUGGGCCAACGCCUACUCGGGCCACCAAUUUGGCGUCUGGGCCGGCCAGCUCGGCGAUGGGCGCGCCGUCUCGCUCAUGGAGGCUCUCGAUACGACAACGGGCCAUCGCUGGGAGGUGCAGCUCAAGGGUGCUGGCCGGACGCCGUACUCGCGCUUCGCAGACGGGCUCGCCACCCUCGGCAGCUCCGUGCGCGAGUUCCUGGCCAGCGAGCACCUGGCUGCGCUCGGCAUCCCCACCUCGCGCGCCCUCGCCGUCACGUCGCUGCCGGACCUGCCCGUGGUGCGCGAGCGCCGCAAUGCCGCGGCCGUCUGCACGCGCCUGGCGCCCAUCUGGACCCGCAUCGGCUCCUUUGAGCACCACGCCGAGCGCAAGGAGUGGGAGAGCGCGCGCCUCCUCGCCGAGUUUGUCGCCCGCCAGGGCUACGGCUGGCCGCUGUCCUCCUCCUCCGAAGAGGGCAAGGCAUCCUUUGUCGGCAACCUCGUCCUCGAGUGCGCGCGUCGCAAUGCCGCAAUGAUUGCAAAGUGGCAGGCGCUCGGCUUCAUGCACGGCGUCAUGAACACCGACAACAUCUCGCUCCUGGGUAUCACCAUUGACUUUGGGCCGUAUGCGAUGAUGGACCUGUUUGACCAGAGCCAGAUCUGCAACAAAAGCGACGGCGAGGGCCGCUACACGUACAAGAUGCAGCCCACGAUGGGCCUGUAUGCGCUCGAGAAGCUCCUCGACGCCGUCGCCCCGCUUGUGGGCUAUGAGCGCGAGCACGGUCACGCGCCCGCGCCUGGCGUGCUGGUGCGUGCGACGGGCGAGCAGAUUGCCGCGUGGGGUGCCAAGGGCCAGGAACUGCGCGAGGAACUCAAGACGACGUACAUGGCCACAACGCUCGAGGCGUGGAAGCACGCCUGGCUGCACCGCCUCGGCCUCGACGCGCUGCCGUCCUCGGAGCAGCAGCAGCAGCGCGACGACCGCGAGGAGCUCAUCGACCCGCUCCUUGCCGUGCUCGAAGAGUGCGACUUUUCGACGACGCUCCGCCGCCUCUGCGCCUUUGCCGCA